CGCAUUGACGCCCGUCGGGUUCUACCAGCUCUUAUUCUGCGCAAGCUUGUUCUCCAAGAGAGUCUUUUCGAGGCAUCAUAGUUCGUAACCUGGUGUAACUACCGCCUAGAGCCCAGCCCUCCGAGCUUGGAGGAAACAUUGAUGACCACUAAUCACCAAAUGUAUGCGUAAGUGUUAUUACGUAAUGUUAUUCAAUGGGGGGGGUCAUUACCAGCGGGGCUAACCGAAUAUGUGCUGAACCUUCCAAUCACAAUGAAACCAUCUGGAUGCCGUUCAUCAGAGCACAUGUGGUAUUACCUAAAGGGCAUGCUGCCAUCUAUCUCCGCCCUACACUCCCAGCACAUUGGCAUUGUCGUGAAGUCGCGAAAAUCACUACUGUUAGACGCAUACAUAAUGCAGAACAGACAGCACCUGAGCCCCCAUUGACUGCGAAGAAGCAGCUCGCACGUAUUCGAGACCAUCUUCGGAAUGGCGACUAUGCUCGAGCAUUCGGCGCCAUCCUCAAGCCUCCUUCUGACAUCAACAGUCUCUCGCCAUGGUACGAAAAGUGCAUUGCUUUUCUGCUCUCACGUGGUGAAGUCUCCGUGGCUACGCGAGUUGUGAUCAAGGCCCUUGAGGAAAGGAGCCCGCUUCGCAGCCGUACUCUUCGCAGUGUUUUAGGAGCAGCAGCCCAUGCCUGUUACCAGGCUUGGCCUGCCGAAGGGAAAGAAGCUGACUCGGAAGAAAAGCCCAUCAUAAUCGAACAAAGUAUAAAAAGCUUUUACAUUCUUCAUCAGAAGCUGCUGGAGACCCGAACUCGAAUCGAGCUGCUGGACUGGCUCACCAAAUACGUCAAUGACAAUGAUUUGGACUGGUCUGGAAGCGCUGCCAUAACUUCCAUCUUCAUUCGUGCAUCAGUAAUCUCGGAUGGGUACAAAUCUGCGUAUCGCUGGUUCCAUCGCUUCCGUCGACAUUCUAAUCUAGGUGACGAAGAUGCGCUAGCACGAGCCGAUCCUUACGUUGCGCUCAUGUCGUCUCGGGCCCGCACACAUCCAUUAGAUUUCGCUUUUCAGCAGAGGAUGCUGAGGAUGCUGAUUAAGGAUCGGGUUAUGCCAACCUUGCCUGUUUUCAAUAUCUCAAUGUCCGCAGCUGGACGCGCCAACCAGCCCCGUAUUGUCUAUGAUCUUUAUUUCCUCAUGAGGAUGCAUGCUCCCCACCUCAUCCCUGAUUCUUUUACAUUCGCUACUUUGUUCAAAACCAUGGACCGCUUCAGUCCCGUUUCGCGCCACCCUAAACUCCCACAUGCUCGCCAUAUUUUCCGCCAUCUUAUCGAUACUCACCUGUUCCUCGCAUAUGGAGAUCCCACAGUGAGGACCCGGACAUUGACUGUUUCAGUUUUAAACGUCGGGCUUCGACAUUUCAUGCGAGUCCGACAGUACAGUGCCGCUCUUGUGGUGUUGCGCUGCCUUGAGUUGUGCGAACUUGUUCCCAACAGACGUACAGAAUGGAUCAUCAAUUCCUUCAUACUCAGACGCAUAAACGGGGAACUCUACGCUGGUUAUCCCUUCGAAUAUGGUUCAGAUCCAAGUCGACCAACGUGGGCUGAACUUUUCACGGAGACAAUUCUCCACACACCUUUUCGAGAAAAUCUUGUUAGCAAUCCAGACGCCACAAGUUACGACUGGUGUGGUUUUUCGAGGGAUCGAACAGCAAUCGAGAACCGAUUGGAAGCAAACUUGUUCGCACUCGUUAAAGUGAAUCGACCAAAUCCCAAUGCAGGAUCCCGCCAUAAAGCGGUAGGAGGAACCGUGACGCGAACUCUAGCCUCCGACAAAGAGUCACGGAGCCAAGCUGAAGAGGCAGCAGAUGGAGGUGAAAGAGUUGACGUGCCAUUGGAUUUAUUGAUUAGCACUGUGCGGAAUUGUGCGAUAGCGGAAGCCGGCAUUCGCCCAUCAUCUCAGACACAAACGCAACGUGAUGCAACCAUUAGGCGUCUCAUGCUCGAGAAAGAUCGAAUUAUGUUCCCGCGGAAACCUGGAGGGAGAAUGCGGAAACAUCCUUUUCGAUUGCCAGUCCUGGGUUUGGACGAAAUAGCGGAUGGGUUGCAAGGUGGAUUAGUUGAUAUUGAUAACAAAGACGAAUAUUACGAUGAGUUAGAUGGCCAAACGAUAUAAUAAUUACAGUGCUCCUGCACUCAGAAGAAUCGCCACCAGAUGAAUAUUACGAAGAUGAAUGCAAAUGCGCCUACAGGCGCCCAUUGUCGCAGCAUGGCGUGCAAGUUGAUGUCGCGGGAAGCUCUGCGAUAUUUCUCCGACUCGGUGCGAAGUGAAGACGAAAGGUGUGACAUUUCUGGUUCAAGCAUACUAUUGU